AUGAUAGAUUUGGGACCUUCUGAUGAAGAUCAGGAGGGACCAAAAUCUGUAUUAUCUGGUCAAAUUCCAGGGUUCUGCACGGAUGACCUGGUGGCGGCCGAAGUGACUUAUGAUAAGAAAGAAUCUCCUCCAACCAGGGAACUGAGGGACCUGGUAGCCUGGUGCGAGAAGGAGAAGAAACAACUCAUCGUGGCAUGUGAUGCCAACUCACACCAUACGGUGUGGGGAAGCAACGAUGUCAACGAUCGAGUGGGAUCGGGACCGAUAUGUAAUAAUAUUGCAAUGUGGCAUAUGUCGAAUGAGCCGUCAGUGUCGGAUCAUAGACAUAUCCACUUUGAAAUCAUAACGGAUUAUAAUCCGCAAGUAAGAAUCUACAGAGACCCAAAAAGAAAUGACUGGGAUUCCUAUAGAACGGAGUUACAGGUCAGAACUAGGGAAAUCUGUACAAAAUUAAGGAACACAUAUGAUCUUGAGAGGGCUGUGGAGGAACUCCAAAACGCCGUCACAAGAUCAUAUGAAUAUAGCUGUCCUAUCAAAGUGAGGUCCGACAAGCACACCGUACCCUGGUGGUGCAAGGAACUCACGCAAUUGAGGAGACAGACAAGAAAACUAUUCAAUAGAGCAAAGCGGACAAGAGAGUGGGAGGCUUAUAGAGCAACACUCACUGAGUAUAAUAAACAAAUUAGGAAAGCGAAGAGAGACUCAUGGAGGAAGUUCUGUGAGGAUAUUGACAGUGUCCCACAGUGUGCUAAACUCCAGAGCCUUCUCUCUACGAAUGGAAAUACGAAACUCAGGUCUCUUAAAGCACCGAGUGGGGAAUAUACUAAAACUGGAAGGGAGACAUUGGAAUUACUUCUACUCACUUUCCAGGCUCCAGGUUAUUAA